UCUCAUUUCUCUCGAGUCUCGACGGCGCAACACAAGUUCUCUCGAGUCUCGACGACGCUUUCAGACUCCGGCGACUCCGUUUAGCUCCGAGAAAUCAUUCAAAGAUGGAGUUUCCAAACCAGAAUGAAGAAUAUGGUAAUGAGGAAGCCUACGAUGAGGGAAUAGAAACUGAAGAUGGUGGUUCUCCUGAAAAUGCAAGCAAAAGGAAAGAGGUUCCUAAGAGUGCAGACAGUUCUGUCCGAGGUAGUAGGGCAAAGAAGAAGAAUCCAAGUACAAGGUCUUGGGUCUGGGAGCAUUACACAAGAGAGCCAGAUAAUAGGAACAUAUGUAGAUGUCACUACUGUGGUAGAUCUAUGGCAUGUGCUACUGCAAAUGGCACAACUUGUCUCAAGAAUCAUUUGGAAAUCUGCAAGGAGUACCAAGCUUGGAUUGAGAGCAAUCAGGGUCAACAACAUGUUCUACAUCGUGAAGGCGAAGGUGAUGAUGAGUCUAGUAAGUUGAAGUUGUCAAAGUGUUCUGAGUCUGUUUUCAGGGAAGCUUCAAAUGAGAUGCUGGUCUUAGGGGAACUGCCUCUUUCAUUCAUAGAGAGUUUGGCGUGGAAGCAUUUCUGCAGCAAAGUUAAGCUAUACAAGCCUCACUCUCGGAGAACAGCAACUAGAGACAUUGUGGAGAUGUAUGUCAGAAAGAAAGAAGCUAUGAUGAAGCUUCUUAAGUCUAACAAGCAGAGGGUUUCACUAACAACUGAUAUUUGGGUUGCUCCCACAACAGGAGCUAGCUACAUGGUUAUCACAGCACACUUCAUUGAUGCAAGUUGGCAGCUGAGGAAGCUCACCAUUGGUUUUAAGCACAUCUCAGAUCACACAGGUACAACAAUUUGUUGUGUCCUUCUUGAAUGUUUGGCUGAAUGGGGAAUAAGGAAGGUAUUUACCAUCACUGUUGACAAUGCAACUGCCAACACUAAUGCAAUGGAGAAGUUUGUGGAGGCUUUUUGCUUACAAGGAAUUGAUGCAUUAGUUCUAGGAGGUGAGCUUCUGCAUUUGCGUUGUUGUGCUCAUAUCCUUAACUUAGUAGUUAAAGAUGGGCUAGGAGAGGUGGAAAAUAGUGUCUCUGCAAUUCGGAAUGCUGUUCAAUAUGUGAGAAGUUCAAGUAGACGAUUGGAGUCAUUCGAACACAAAGUGGACUCAGGGAAGAUGACUAGGGGAAGCUUGUCUUUGGACUGUAAAACCAGAUGGAACUCUACCUACCUGAUGCUGACAAGAGCUCUCAAGUUCAGAUCUGCUUUUGACAGAAUGGAGAAUGAGGAUAAGCUCUACAAUGAUUACUUUAAUGUAGAAGUCAGUGAAGGAAAAACCAGAAUUGGGCCGCCUAGUGUCAAUGAUUGGGAUGAAGUAGAAAGGUUAGUUAAGUUUCUGGUUAUCUUCUACAAUUCUACUUUGGUUGUCUCGGCAUCUUCUACGGUCAACUCUUACAAGUGUUACAAUGAGAUAGUGACUAUCCAGAAGAAUCUCAUUUCAUUGAAAGAGAAUCCUGAUAAAGAAUUGAAGGUAAAGGCUGAAGCUAUGAAAGACAAGUUUGAUAAGUAUUGGGGAGGCUUGAAGAAAAUAAACAAAUUGUUGAUCAUAGCUAGUGUUUUUGAUCCAAGGAACAAGAUGAAGUUUGCAGGAUAUUGUUUUGAUAUGUUGUAUGGGAAAGACAGUCCGGAAUCAAAAGAGGUUUAUGAAUCAGUGUAUAAUGUGUUGAAGGAUCUGUUUGAUGAGUACAACAGAGCUGUGACAAGGACUGGGACUGCGUCAUCAUCACAGUCAUCUCAGUCUCAGAAUCACAGCCGCAACAACUCACAAGAUACGGACAAGAUGGAUUUUGAUGUUGAUGGAUAUGAAAGAAUGGAUAUGGCAUACUCAGAGAUGGUGAAGGAAACAGGAUUUCAGGAUUCAAGUACUGAGCUAGAGUUGUAUUUGAAGGAGAAAAUCGAAAUCCCAAAGGCUAAUCCUCUUGGAAUACAAUUUGAUGUGUUAGGAUGGUGGAGGAUCAACAGUGCAAAGUAUCCUGUUUUAUCCACAUUAGCUAAGGAUCUACUUGCAAUGCAAGUGUCUUCUGUUGCUUCCGAGUCUGCUUUCUCUACAAGUAACCGUAUCCUUGAUCCAUUUAGGAGUUGUCUAACACACUACAUGGUUGAAGUCUUAAUGUGCACUGAACAAUGGCUCAAGUGUGAGAUUCGCAUCAAUGAAAGAGGUGUUGUUACCUGUCAACAGAUGCUCGCGGAUCUUGAGCUGCAAGAUGAUCUUCAGAAAGGUACUUCUUUUGUUUUCCUUGCUCUUUUUCUAUUGUCUUCUGUUGGUUGCAUUGUCUAGCUCUAACUUUCUGUGCUUUAAUUAUAUUUAGAGUAUGAUGCUCCAAGAAACUUAGAAGACUACUAAAUCUUGAUUGCUUAU